AACCAGAAGCCGUGAAACUGUCUCUCUAUCCUCUAUUACCAUGCCGCUUCCCAACGAGCCUGUCAAAGUCACCGGUGGCUGCUCUUGCGGCGCGAUCCGCUAUCGAAUAAACGUUCCCGCACUGGACGAUCGCCCAUUGAACCCUUUCGCCCCUCCGGCCUGCGGUAUCAAACUGCCAAGCGCCAUAACAUGCCACUGCAAUGACUGCCGCAGAUCAACCGGCUCGUUCCUUGCGACAGGCAUUCUCGAUAUUCCAGCACCCAUGCUCACCGUCUCCGCCAUGUCACCCUCAUCUGAAACCGACGUCAUAUCUGGUCGCGUUUUGGAUGUCCUUGCAGACGACUAUGAUGCAGAAAAGGCCGAUGCAGAUCGUCCCCCGUACGUCCCAGCCAUGGAUAACCUCCGCGCAACAGGCGAAACCAAAACGUGGCUGCGCUUCUUCCACUCCGUUAAAUGCAGUCUAGAUGUAUCCCGAAGCUUCUGCGGUCGUUGCGGAACGCAGCUGUGCUUCCACUUCAAACUGGAACCGGAAUACUGCGCUGAUGGGAAGUUACCUGACGGAUGGCGUGACUCUUUUCACUUGUACCUUGGGACUCUGGAUCGCGAGUUUCUUGAGAAAGAUUGGUUCAAUCCUGAUAGUGAAGUGAACUUCAAGCAUGGAACACCUCUCAGUCGAUGUGUUUCUGCGACGGCCAAGGGCUUGAAGGACUUGCCCAAGAUGCAGGAGUUUGAUGGUCAGGCUACUGAGGAAGAGUUGGCGACCUUGAGAACUUAGUACGGCUGUGAAAGAUAGUGAGAGUUGGCUUAAAAUUUUACAAAGUAAAUGGCAUUACUAAAAGACAUUAAGAUAGCUACUUCGAAGUGUCAAGAGUUACAUCUCUCCACUAGUUCUCCUUAUGU